AAUUCCCACAUUUCCACAAAGAGAUCACUUCAUCUUUUAAUUCAACACACCGUCUCCUUUGAAAAAUACAUGCACGCGCGAGUAGUGGUCGUUUAUUGACCCUGCGUUACUCGAUAGUCAGUGGGCGGAGAGAAAGGAGGGAGAGAUGGUUCAUUUAAAAGCGCAUGGACACCAGAGAAAAACGCUCUUGAACAGAAUGAGAGAAGCGAUCAGCUGACCUUCUGUCUUAUUAUUACUACUACCAAUAAACUCUCAAAUCUCGACUGGAUUUAUCUAUGUGGCUGUUUUUUCUCAUGACCUGAACUGGAUUAGGUGGGGGGAAAACAGGAUUAUUGUGAUAUUUAACCGAACUGUAUUUCAUAGAGUUUAGAGCACCGAGACUAUGUCGCUUUACAUUGAAGGUCUGAGUAAAGAGUUACCAAGCAACAGCAACGAGAUGGCUCAGUUUCAGGAAGUGAUGCGGCAGCAGCUGGAGAGCUCGAUGCACGCCGAGCUGGAAAAACUCUUAGGCACAGCCAAAGGUGCAAAAGCUGAGGUGUCUAAGAAGGACUUCGAAGGAUUUAGGAAGUUAUUCCACCGAUUUCUGCAGGUGAAGGGACCUUCAGUAGAGUGGCCAAAAAUCAACAGGCCCCCCGAGGACUCGAUCCAGCCAUAUGAUAAGAUUAAGGCGAAGGGUCUACCGGACAACAUAGCAGACAGUCUGAAUAAGCUGGUGGUGGUGAAGCUGAAUGGAGGUCUGGGAACCAGCAUGGGCUGCAAAGGGCCCAAGAGUCUUAUUAGCGUCCGUAAUGAGAACACAUUCCUGGAUCUAACUGUCCAGCAGAUUGAGCACUUGAAUAAAACAUAUAAUGCUGAUGUUCCACUGGUGCUCAUGAACUCUUUCAAUACGGAUGAAGACACUAAGAAGAUCCUACAAAAAUACACUCACCACAGAGUCAAGAUACACACUUUCAACCAGAGCAGGUAUCCACGGAUAAAUAAGGAGUCAUUGUUGCCGGUCGCUAAGGACAUGGCUAUGACAGGAGAGAAUGCAGAUGUGUGGUAUCCUCCUGGUCAUGGUGACAUUUAUGCCAGCUUUUUUAACUCCGGUCUGUUGGAGCAGCUCAUCGCUGAAGGGAAGGAGUACAUUUUUGUCUCCAACAUUGAUAAUCUGGGUGCAACGGUAGACCUGUAUAUACUGAACCACCUUGUGAGCCAGCCGAAUGGCAAACGCUGCGAGUUCAUCAUGGAGGUCACAGACAAGACCAGAGCAGAUGUGAAGGGAGGAACGCUCAUUCAGUACGAUGGUAAGCUUCGGUUACUGGAAAUCGCCCAGGUUCCCAAAGCUCACGUAGAUGAAUUUAAAUCAGUGUCCAAGUUUAAGAUCUUCAACACCAACAACCUAUGGAUCUCCCUGUCUGCCAUAAAGAGACUACAGGAACAGAAUGCCAUGGACAUGGAAAUCAUAGUCAACCCUAAGACUCUAGAUGGGGGUCUGAAUGUCAUUCAGCUGGAGACUGCAGUGGGUGCUGCCAUCAAGUGCUUUGAUAAUGCCAUGGGCAUCAACGUGCCACGCAGCCGCUUCCUGCCUGUCAAAACCACAUCUGACCUCCUACUGGUUAUGUCCAAUCUGUACAGCCUGGAGGCAGGGUCUCUGACCAUGAGCGAGAAGCGCGAGUUUCCCACAACUCCUCAUGUCAAACUGGGCAGCUCCUUCACCAAGGUUCAGGAAUAUCUUACACGAUUCGAGAGCAUUCCAGACAUGCUAGAGCUGGAUCACUUGACGGUGUCUGGUGACGUGACCUUCGGAAAGCACGUCUCUCUAAAGGGAACGGUCAUCAUCAUAGCCAACCAUGGAGACCGAAUCGACAUUCCAGCCGGCUCUUUGUUGGAAAAUAAAAUAGUGUCCGGAAACCUUCGGAUCCUGGAUCACUGAUGUCUUUGUGUCGUGUAACUUGGAUGCAGAAUUACAUCAUUGACCCACACCUAUCACUGUCCUCAUCAUCAUCAUAACCAAUCACGGAGACACCAUCGACAUUCCCACCAGAUCCACAAAGGAAAGUUCAAGUGUCUGGGAACUUGUGGAUCCUAGAGCACUGACACUUGUGUCAUGUGACCUGGAUGUCAAGUCACAUGACUGACCCAUACCUGGCACUCUCAGAGCCUUCAUUAGAGGUGCUGAUCACAGCACACAGCGUCCCAAACACCAUCAAAUUUCCAUUCCAUUCCAGAGACCUUUAUUUUUGUGGUAGUAGUUUGUGUGUUUUGGUUUCCUGUCCUUUAAUGGUCCUCAAAUUGUAUGUACAUUACACAAAUCUCAUCGUGUAUUGUUUCAGCUUUUCACUCUGCAGUAUUUCUCUCGUUGUAUCUAUGAAAUCUAUGUCCUUUACUUGUUUAAAAAUGUGAAAGAAAGAGUGCAAAGCAAUAAGUGUUCUGCAAAAGUGAAGGCUGACAGUUCUGUCUUUAUGUUCUAGAACCUGGUCUAGAUCCUGAACGUUCUGUGGAAUUAAAUAAAGUGCAAUAUGUAACAGAACAAUAGCAGAAGUUCGCCGUUAAUUAAACACUCCUCCUUGUCUUCUACAGUAGGAAAAAGAAAGCGAGGGAACAAGUAUACGUACAAGGAAGGGAAAGAAAGUGAUAAGCGCAUCUACUAUUUCAGCAGUGUAUGAAGGCUGUAUACAAGGUCCUUCCAGACUCCCUGGAGGCAGGAGGUUAGUGUGUUCCACUGGUCUGUUAAUGUGAAAGCAGCCAAGCAUUAAACUCACUGUUAAUAACCUGCACACGGAGCAAGACACACACACACACACACACUGGUGAUUUUAGAUCAAAGAGGUCCAGAGAUUGUUGUCACAGCCUAACAAUCAGCUCCUGCUCUGACCAAAUUAAUUUAGACAACAUUAUAAUGUAUAGUACUGUAUAUGAAAAACUGGUAUUUAUUUUGAGAUAUGCUAAAGAUUCCAUGUAACAGUGUCAUUCAUUUACUGGUGUUUUUUAAGAUUAACUUUAAUUGAGCGUUAGAUAACGGCAGCAAUUUAAAUGUAAAAAUAAAUAAAUAAGGAAAUGAGCAUGUACCAUUAAAUAUCCAACAUUGUACAAUAGCAGUUAAUAAAGAACCUGUAACAUCCA